UUUUUGUUUCCUCACCAUCAUCACCUGUCAGCGCUGACACCGAGCGAAUGUUCAGUCUGUGCUCUUUGUUUUUCCUCGCUAAAACCCUCGUAUUUCUUGAUGAAUAGGUGUUUAUUCAUUUAGGCCAUUGGUGUGAUAAGGGACAACGGCAUCCAGCACGGUCUUCUACCUGCUACGCUGUAGGUCUCUGUCGACAUGGAGCCCCUGGCUGUGGAUGAUGAUAUAUGCAUCCUUAAAUGUGAGACGGCCUCCACUACAACAGGAGAGAGUCCCGUCUCGGUGUGUGCUGGCGAUGAAUCCGUCGCUUCUCAUUUUGCUCUGGUCACAGCCUACGAGGACAUCAAGAAGAGGCUCCGAGACACUGAGAAGGAGAAUACACUGCUGAGGAAGAGUAAACAGCUGGAAGAUAAGCUUUUUAGACCAGAUGCACUCCCACCCGAGGGUCCCCAGUAUGUGAACAAGGCCUUCAGUGCAUACAGAGGUAUCUAUAUUGAGAAGGAGGAUCUACAGAUGGAGCUCAACAAACUGAAAAAGGAGAAGAGUGAGAGUGAGCGGACACUGACAGAGCAGCUACAGGCUAAAGAGUUGGAGCUGCUGCAGCUGAGGACAGAGAUGGAGACCAGUCAAGUGAUGAAAAGCCUGAACAGCCCACAGGACUACUGGCAGGUAGACAGGGUCAGCACGGAGCUCAAGAUCCAUAAACUACAAGAAGAGCUGGAAAAGGUUACACUGGAGAAUAGCAGACUACUGGAGAGGAGUGGGGAGGACCCCCCUGAGCCUAAUGGACCUGAUACAGACCAGAGCAGUGGUGUGAAAUUUAAUGCCAGGGAGAAGGCCAUGCAGACAUAUGAAGCUUUGCGCGGUGAAGUGUCCCGACUCCACUCUGAGCUAAAGCACCAGAAUGGAUUGAUACGAAAACUAAGACAAGUCACUUCCACAGUCCCAGUGCAAUGUCUGGAUGAUGUGGAAAAGAACAACAACCAAGUUUCGAGGGCACCACUAUCUCAGCCCCGAUGCACCCCUCCGCUCCCCUCCUGCUCAGGCCGCUCCCCUGUGGGGCUGUCCUCUGGCGCUCUAGCGGACAGCCUGAGAGAGGACUGCUGGUAUAACGGGCCGUGGCCCUCACAGUACUGCUCAGGGGAGGCUCUGCUGGGCACAGACUCCUGCUCUGUGGUGCUGCCCCCUCCUCCUCUGAACCAAGCCUCUCUGGAUGACAGCUCCAGGUCAUUCCCCAGCCCCCCCAAACCCAGUGACGCUCUGUUCUGGGAGGGACACUCCAACUCCAACUCUUCGUCUUCAAUGGGACACUGCAGUCCCAGGAGCCCACCCAACACAGAGUGGGCUAAGCCCUACUGAGCGGAUUCCCUUAUUCAAACGAAUGUCCACACAUCAAGGAGAAGAUUUGUGUGAAAUGAUAAGCAACUCUUAACCCUGCCACAGUAACCACCUUGCCUGCCUUAAACUGACAAAACACCUCUUUGGGCUGGAAUUAACUGGACCUACUGGUUGGGAUCAAUGGGGGCCAAAGUGGCCUUUUUGAGGUAAUGACUUUGUCUGUGUACUAUGGUUAAUUUAGCUCCUCGGCUCUUUAUUUGUGGACUCAUUUGGCAGAGGAACUUGUCUUAAUGCCCUUAAACAGAAUCAGUGUCUGUAUCUGUCAAUCUUCUCUAUGUAUGCAUACCAUCUGUAAAGCAUGCAUACUAUAGGUUUGUCCACACGUCAAUAACACAUCAGUGUAUUGUGUGUUCAUAUGUGAGCCCCUCUCUCCUGCUCACAGCAGGAUCUUUCACUAUAACUAUAGCAGUCCUGGAAGGGGGGGGGCUUUGGCUCUGCUGAUCAGACUAAGAAGUUUAACCUGCUGUCUUUUGCGUCUUUACAGAAAAUCCUCAUGUAAUGCAUAAUUCAUAAUUUCACAAUCAUAAAAAGGUAACUAACUUACACAACAGACAAUAACUGUAGAAUUCAUUACAUAACAAAUUAGUACCAAUUAAGUGUUUCUGUUCAAUCAACUGACAUGCCCAAAUGUGACUACAAUUACUGCCUCGAUUCAAAGGGAUUAUAAUAAUGUGUAUAACAUACGUAAAUGCAGCUGUUUACAAUUUAUCUCAGCUGUUCAAAAACCUAAGAGCUGCCAUUGACAAAAUAUUCAGUCAGGUUGUUUUCCAAAUAACAGACAUUUGCAGAGGAAAUGCUGUGCAUUUUAAAAGCUUGUGUGAGAUUUUCACAUGCACUCCUGAUCAUGAGCAUCUUUUUUUUUUAGGUUUGUGGACAAUUUGAACAAUAGGAAAUGUGUUAAGUGUGCUUUGUGCUGAUGUAAAAUAUGAUACAUUUAGCAUACUAUCAAAGAUAGACUGCAGAAGAAUGUGUAUAUUGUAUAAAUGUAUAUGGUGGUCUUUAGUAUUCUGCCAAAAUGCAGUUUUGCACUCCAAACCACCAUUUUCCUUUUAAUGUAAUGCUGAAGUAAUUUCUGGAGGUUUUCAGAGCUGCCUAUGAUAAUGGCAAGACAGUGUAUUUAAUGCAGUGUUGAAUGUGACUCAUGACUGGUGCAUAAAGCACAAAGUACCAUGAUAUUGAAAAGAUUUUUCUGGCGCGGUAACUGGUCUUGUUAAAUUCUUGUUUUAGUUUUUUUAAUUUACAGCAGUAGUUUCAUACUUCUGUAAACUAUUUGCAAACCAAAUGCAAUGUAUAGUAGAUAUGGAAUUAUAUUUUAAAUUUACUGCACUUCAGACUGUUUGUAAAUACAAUAAAUUUAAUGAAUCAUAAAA